CUGGAGAUCUGCGAGUUUAGCCAGGAGAAGAUGAGCUCCGUGUUCGAGGAUAGCAAUGUGUACAUGUUGCACAUGAUGUACCAGGCUGUGGGCGUCUGCCUGUACAUGCAGGACUGGGAAGGAGCCCUGAGGUACGGGCAGAAGAUCAUCAAGCCCUACAGUAAGCACUACCCUGUGUACUCCCUCAAUGUGGCCUCCAUGUGGCUAAAGCUGGGAAGACUGUACAUGGGUCUGGAGAACAAGGCUGCUGGGGAGAAGGCUCUGAAGAAGGCCAUUGCUAUCAUGGAAGUAGCUCUCGGCAAGGACCACCCAUACAUCUCCGAGAUCAGGCAGGAGAUUGAGAGCCACUGACUGCACCCCAGCUUUUCUUCAGGAACCUCAUAGGACUUGAAUAUUUCCAGCCUCAUGGGUCACC